AUGAUCCUGACAUCGCUGCCGGAUGUGUCGGAGGUUGUGGAAUUUGCACCUCGCUUUGAGGAUUGGGAGGCAUUCUUCCUGGAUGCCGUCCGCAGCAUUCUGGAGGCAUUACCUGAUGGUGGUGUGGCCGUCUUUUACCAGACAGAUAUUCGUUUGGCUGGGAUUGGCCAGGUGAGCAAAGCGUAUUUAGUACUGCAUGCUGCCAGCCGGGUUUCGGGGGUUCGAUUGAAGUGGCACAAGAUUGUCCAUUUCGGCACUGUGGACCAGCCAACGUGGAAUGCGAUCCAGUUUACACACCUCUUGUGUUUUGCUCGGGCGCUGGAUCUUCCGCGAGUUGGAGUUGCCACUGAAACGGACCCAGUCGUGGACCUGGGAAGCACUCUGCCGGACAUCCUGGAGAGGGGAUCGAAGCCUCCCAGUCUCCGCAAAGGUGCUUGUUGCAUGGGCAUAAAUGCAACCGCAGCAGUGUUGAAAUGGGUUGUCCGUCGACUUCCAGGCGUCCGAACAGUGAUCGACCCCUUCUGUGGUGCCGGCACAGUGCUGGCAAUAGCGAACGAGUAUGGCCUCGAUGCUCUCGGCAUCGACAUAUCGCCGAAGCGAAUCAAGCAGGCGAAGCAGCUGGAUGGUGCAGCGCUUUUAGGGUCCACGCAGGUGCACACGUCCAAGGACUGA